AUGAUCCCCAUCCGCACUGGCUUAUAUGUUGGAGGCUUGGAGCAGGACGCCUUCGUCUCAUCGGUCCCCGUCGUGUCGUCGGUCGCCGUCCGGUUCUCCGUCGAAGUGAAAUUAUUUAUUGUUCUCUGGAUUAAGGGGAUAAUUGUUGUUGUUUAUAAAUUUUUGUUGCUGGUUGUUUUGGAGGUUGUUGGUAGACUGGAGGAGGAAGAUGUAGCCUCGUUAGUUCAUGGUGCACCGGCCAUGGCCGAUGAAGUUUCCUUUGUCGGGAACGAAGAAGAACUGGUUUCCGAUGAGCCAUAUGUUUGUGUAGGCGAUGAACCUUCAUCAGAGGCAAGUGAAGAUGCGAAUAUGGACGGGUAUUGUGGCUAUAAUGAUGGUGAUGAUUUUUACGAAAGCUGGGAAGACAGAGGCAUUGAUGGGAUUGCUGACUUUGGCCGAAUUAACUUUAAAGAAAUAAGUUUUGAUGAGAUGAGAUUGCUACAUUUUCCCGAUCGACAUGUAGCUUUUGCUUUCUACAAUUUAUAUGCAAAAAUGAAUGGGUUCGCCGCAAGGAAGACCAGGCUAAGGCGAAAUGCCAAGAAACUGGCGACACAACAGCAGUUUGUUUGCUUUAGGCAGGGGUUCAGAGAAUUUGCCGCGGAUAAGGAGGCAUACGAACGUAAGCGGGAGCCUAAGCCUGAGACUAGAUGUGGCUGUUUGGCGCAGAUGCGUGUUCAUCUACAUUUGGAGAGUGGUAGAUGGAUUAUUUCAUACUUUGAUAAUGUUCACAACCAUGAGAUGCUCGAUGGAACACUUACAUUUAUGCUCCCUGGUCAUAGGAAGAUGAAUUCUACCGCAAUUGAACAAAUGAACAUGAUGUUGAGAGUCGGGAUUAAAACACCACAGAUAUAUUCAGCAUUUGUGCAUACUGCAGGGGGCUUCCAAAAUGUACCAUUUUUGAAGAGAGACAUGUACAACCAGAUUGAUAAACAGAGAAAGCUAAUAGGGGGCGAUGCGGUGUCUUGUCUUCGGUGGUUGGAAUCAUAUGCAGAGGAGAAUCCUGGAACGUUUGUGCGUUACUUAGCAGACAAAGAGAAUCGUUUGGUGCACCUUUUUUGGGCUGAUAACUGUAGUCAAUUAGAUUACCAUGUGUUCGGAGAUGUUGUAGCAUUUGAUGCAACUUAUCGAAAGAAUAAGUACAUGUGCCCACUGGUUGUGUUUUCUGGCGUAAAUCACCAUAACCAAACCAUUAUUUUCGCUGCUGCCCUUGUUGCAAAUGAGAGUGAGGAGACAUAUUCUUGGCUACUUGAAAGAUUUUUGGAAGCUAUGAAGGGGAAAGCUCCUGCGUGUGUUAUCACAGAUGGGCACGCGGCAAUGAGAAAGGCGAUUGAAAAGGUAUUUCCUAUGGCUUAUCAUCGUCUCUGUGCAUGGCAUCUCCUUCGGAAUGCAACAUCACAUUUGGCAAAUCCAGCAUUCACUUCUGAGUUUAAGAAAUGCAUGCUUUUUGAUUAUGAGGUUUCAGAGUUUGAAGCCAGGUGGGAGAGAUUGGUCACUGAGCUUCAGCUUCAGGAUAAUCAGUGGGUCUGUGACCUUUAUGAUCGGAGGAAAAUGUGGGCAACGGCUCACAUUCAUGGCCACUUUUUCGGUGGAUUUCGGACGACAUCAAGAUGCGAGGGUUUGCAUUCGAUGCUUGGUAAGUUUGUCCACUCCCGCCAUAAUUUGAGGAACUUUGUUGAACAAUAUUUUCGCUGUGUAUCGGAGAUGAGAUCUCGGGAAGCACAAUCCGAUAUGCAUAGCGUGGUUGGACACUUGGUGUUGCAAAGUCCGUUACAUGAUUUGGAAAGGUCUGCUGCAAAGUUACUAACGAGGGAGAUAUUUAUCUUGUUUCGGCCCAUGCUGUCCCGUGCAUGUACAUUAAAGGUCCGGUCUUGUACAUUGACUCCGACAUCGGACAUAUACACCAUUUCACGGUGGGGCAAUUCACACAACUACUGGCAUGUUUCGCACUAUCCCGAGGAUUCAAUAUUUAAAUGCUCUUGUUUAAGGAUGGAAUCCCUUGGAAUACCAUGCGAUCACAUUGUAGCUCUUCUUGUACAUCUUGAUUUCACGGAAAUCCCAACAAGUCUUGUUUUGGAGAGGUGGUCUAAGAACGCUCGGUCGAAGAUGAGGCAAUAUGUUGAGAAGGGACCGUUUAGCUGGGACUCUAUGGUAAGUUGUCGCAAUUGGAUGCUGAACGACCUAUGUAGGGAGAUGUGUGUGCUUGCUUCAGUGAGGGAGGAUAAAUUUGAAACAAUGACUGAGAAGAUACGCAGUGAGAUCAAUCGAUUAAAGCAUGACACCGAAGCUGGGCCUUCGACACCCGCGGUUGUUGGCCAAUCAUCCACACUCGAGGGGUGCGUUCAAAACCCACUUGUUGUGCGUCGCAAGAAGAGGCCAAAGAGGGACUCAGUUAACCGUACCUUGGUUAGGGGCGUGAGACGGUGCAGCAUUUGUCAUCGGGUUGGGCAUAAUCGAACUUCUUGCCAGUCAAAUGUUCGGCAGGGCCAGCGGCAGCAGCCUAGCCACGAGGAAGACGUCGAUGAAGAUAACUACUACACUCCUAACUUUGGGGAGGAAGUUGAUGAGUAUGCUCAUUAUCAUUCUCAACCCGUGGGGCAAGAGGAACACUUUGGCCGGUAUGAAGAGGAGUUCCAAGUGCCAUUGACGGAUCCUUAUUAUAGUUGGCAUGAGUAG